GCCCGACGGGUGCAGGGGCUUCCUCUCCCGGAGGUGCAGCAAGAGAGCAGGGUUAGCCAUGUCGUCCUUGAUCAGAAAGGUGAUCAGCACUGCGAAAGCCCCAGGGGCCAUUGGUCCCUACAGUCAAGCUGUGUUAGUCGACAGAACCCUCUACAUUUCAGGACAGAUUGGCAUGAACCCUUCAAGUGGGCAGCUUGUGCCAGGAGGGGUAACAGAAGAAGCUAACCAAGCUCUUAAAAACAUGGGUGAAAUUCUGAAAGCUGCAGGCUGUGACUUCACUAAUGUGGUAAAAACAACUGUUUUGCUGGCUGACAUAAAUGACUUCAAUACUGUCAAUGAAAUCUACAAACAGUAUUUCAAGAGUAGUUUUCCUGCUAGAGCUGCUUAUCAGGUUGCUGCUUUGCCCAAAGUAAGCCGAGUUGAAAUUGAAGCAGUGGCUGUCCAAGGACCUCUCACAACAGCAUGACUAUAAGUGGGACCAGUGUUGUUUAGUCUGGAAUUUUUAACAUCUUAAUUUUUACAGUUGAUGUAACAUCUUAAUUCGCAUCUUAAUUUUUACAGUUGAUGAAAGUAUAAGUUUGACUAAAAUAUCUGACAUUAGGGGCAUACCAGGACAACCAUAUGAUAGGGAAAAUUGAGCAUGAAUCGAAGAAUAGAUCGUGAAUCCAAUGUUAUAAAUUAUACUUAUGUACACCCAUAUUACUGAAUAUAGGAAAGAGAUACUCAUUACUUAGUUAUUCAGGUAAAUAAAGGGGAAAUAACAUGUGGGAAAGAUGAGGUAUUGUUCUAGAGAAAUAACCAAGAGCACACCUAAUUUAAACUAAUCUAAUGAUGUGAAAUAUUUAGUUCUCAUGUCAGAUAUGUGAUUCUGCUUUUGCUUGAUUAAAGCAUUUAAAUUUGAAUGGUAGAGAUCAAGGAGAAAAAAGUGGACCAAAAUUUUAUAUAAUUAAUUAAUAUUUUUCUAAUGGAAAUAAAAUAGACAUGCAGAUAUC